CCGCUGGUCAUAAUAUUAUCCAUCUUCAUGUGUUAAGGCCACUUUACACUUACUAUGAUGUACAAGGAGUAGAAGUUUGUAAGUGGACGGUAAUACGAAAAUUGCCAAUUACUAAAUCAAAUAACUUUAUCACUCAAAAUGAAAAAAAAAUACAAUAGACUCAAAUACUUCGCUGUAAAGUUACAACAUACAAAGUUGGUCUUGAUACAAACCAGCAAACAAUGAUAUAAUAUUUCAGCCUAACUCUUAUAGGUUAAACUAUUUUGUAAUGGUAAUAAUAAUACCUAUAAUCAAAGGUAAAAUAAAUAGCAUACAUGCUUAAAAAAAGAAAAUAACACAGAUCUAAUUUGUAAUAACUGGUAGUAAGAUACCAAAUUAGUCUAUAUUGCUAUCCAUCCUCAAGUCCUCACAAAUUAAUCAAUCACCAUGUAAACAACAAAUAGCAAAAACAUUUCUCUUUCUACUCCUUUAUGUUCUUAUCAUAGACAAGACAUAAUCACAGAGGUAGGUAUUCUUUUGGUUGCUACGUUUGGUUGCCAUAACAACGUAUAAGAACAACAAACAUAUUGUCAAGCGGAUUGAUCUUUUCCAGAAUUGAAUUGAACUGAAUUGCUAGUGUUCAUUUAUUGCUCAGGAUAUAGUAAUAAAAUGUCGGAGCAAAUGAAGUAUAUAGUAAAAGAAAUAAACGCAGCCCUUGGAAGAAACUAUGACCUAAUAAAAUUUGAUGCGUUGAACGAGAAGCAACUUCUACAGUUGCUUGUGGAUUUACUCGUCAAUUUCAAUGCUGGGGAAAAGUUAGAUGUAAACGAAGAUGACUCUGAAACAGUUUCACUCCGCCUGCUUGAAAUGUUGGGAAGUGUUAAAUACCGACCACCUGCGGGCGUCGAACCUACGCGGUUUAGAGCGCAGUUGUUGGCAGGCGAGGCCAGAACCGUACAUCAUGUCUUGCACUGGCUUCUGACUAACAAGGAUCAAGUUAAGAAUACUGCUUAUCUUGCCAAAUAUUUAAAACUACCCGACAUACCGCCAGACGUCGCACGGAAUAACAACAUUCAGGAUUUACUUGAUCUCUACCAGAAUUUAAUUGACGAAUUCAAAGAAGUUCACAAGCGAACAAGGAUGCUACAAAAAGAAAACGCCUCAGAAAUCAUUAAUGAUAUCAAAGAAAUGGCAGUUGAACGAGACAUCGUGAUAAAAAGAUUAGAAAAUGUCCAAGUGAAUUUAGUGGAUGUGAGUGAUAAAGAAGAACUCUUGAAUAUAAGUAGAGCGCUCAGGGUACAGCAAGAGAAAGCUAAGGAAUUGGAAAACCAGUAUGAUACUCAGCAGUCUCAAUUAAAAAUGGCGUCUGAUCAAUUAAAAAGAUACCUAAACGUAAUUCAUGGUCAAAGUGCUACGCCCAAAACUGUUACUGAUGUUAUGAAACGUUUACAAGAAGAGGUCCAGUUGAACAGUUACCUUGUAAAAGAGAAGUUACCUCAAGAGACUGCUAAUCUUCAAAAGGAGUUGAAUAUAAUGCAGACUAUUGCCGCUGAACAGCAUCCGACUCGCUCUGAUUUAGUUGCUGUACAAGACAAGAUAGCAAUAGUGAACAGUGAGAUGGAACAUCUGGUGCAACGCAAGUUAGCGAUGGCGGGACCGCAAGAAGACAAGUUGGCUCCAUUCAGGCAGCAGGCUGCGGUGAUACGCCGCAACAAGGAGGCCAGCGCCACGCGGGUGCACGAACUGGCCGCCACGUUAAAGGACCAUGAGGCCACACUAGCUGACUUGCAGUCUCAGGUUCGACAACUCUUGGGGGAUACGGUGCUUAGAGGAGAGGAAUUAAAGAAAUACGUUAAUUCUCUGCGCACAAAGAGCACUGUAUACAAAAGGCAAAGAGCCAAUCUCUCAACGUUUAAAGUUGAGGCUGGUAUUCUAGCUAGAACAUUACAUAUUAUAAGCGCGGCUGACCCGACUGUGGAAAUGGCGCUGCUAAACCAUAAGAAACUUAAGAUAGAAGACGAAGAAACUAUGGACAAGAGCGUUGAUAAGACAGCGGAAUUAAAAAAGAAGUCUUUGCAUGAUUUAUCUCAGCUUGUCGCUCAAACAGCCCAAAAGUUAUCACAAGUACGCCAAGAAAUCCAACCUCUCGCCGACGGCAUAAAGCCUGUCAAGGAAGAGUUUCAAACUGUCCAACAACAAUACGAACAGAAGAAAAGAGUAUACGAGGCCACAUCCAUCAACAUUACCUCACAAAUGGAGCCCCUUAAAAACCAAGUAAAGGAUUUGACUGACCGCCUGAAUAGCAAGGAGGAUGAAUGGAAAAACUUACGACAAAAAAUAACAAAAGCUGAAAGUUUGCAAGAAGUCGUAUUGUUUGAAAUGAAAAAUUCAAUGCAGUCCCCGAGGAAGCCCUCCAAAAUGGAGGCUUUGAAGAAAAAUGUUUUCGACACGAAACAAAUUGUUAAGCAGUUAGAAGAGGAACAACAAGCGAUCAGUUCUCGCCAAGGAGCUGUGGAGGAGCAAACUCGACUGUGGGAGAAUACUCUACAACUGUUGCGCUGUAAGAUGCGCGCGCGCAACGAGCCCGCCGCGCGACAGGGACGCAUGCACAUCACACAGCACUCACAAAUGUUGACACUCACAUAAAUAAACGUGUAUUAUUACAAAUAAUAUGAAAAGUUUAAAUAAUGAUAAUAACACUGUUUUUUUUAAUAAAAUAGAGGUGUAUAAAAGCGAUACCAUUCUGAUCUAAGUAUCGCCCUUAAGUGCUGUCUUUGUGCAUACGCCUUGAAUGUUUGUGAAACCCUCCGCGACACAAGGAUUAAAAUCCUCAGUGCAGGAGUCGUUUAAAAAAAGAAGUACAAUGAAAAGACACUUAGCUAGCUGCCGUUGUCGCAUAAGCUACAAGUAAAUAAAUAUGUCGCACGAUUGAA